GUGCUGACAGUUGGGGCUGAGCCGUGGAGAAAUAAGCAACGAUUGCCGUCACUAAUUUGUCCCUGCAGCAGGAGAAAAAUGUUCUAAUUGCAAGAUAUAGGUAGCUUUUAAAACAAGAAAGCCCGAUAGAGCUGACAGGCAUGGUUUCUCCGUCUGCAUCUGCCUUUGAACGGGACGCCGGUGAAUAACACUUGCAGUCAAUUGCUCGGUAAAUGACUUGAGGAACUCUCGUCGAAAUCAGCGGACAGAAAAAAGCGGUUUUUAUGGGAAAUGAAUGUGGCCGGGAAACAGCAACCUGAGCUGAUUGAGCGACCCGCCAGCCUUUUGGUUCCAACUUCGACAAAAUCUGGAAUUGCUUUGCUGUACAAUGAGGAGACCAACAAUACCUAUGAUGUCUGCCUGAAAUUGACCAAAGAGGUAUUAACCAUACAGAAGCUGGAUGUGGUUUGCACAAGUGGAAGUGAAUCCCAAGUAAAUCACAGAACUGUUGUACUGCGGAGACAGGCGACUGGAGGUCUGGGCUUAAGCAUCAAAGGAGGUGCAGAGCACAACGUGCCUGUGGUUAUCUCAAAGAUUUUCAAAGAUCAAGUUGCCGAUCAGACGGGGAAGCUGUUUGUCGGGGACGCCGUGUUGCAGGUCAAUGGCAUAAAUGUAGAGCCUUGCACUCAUGAGGAAGUAGUUCACCUCUUGCGCACUGCAGGAGAUGAGGUCACCAUCACCGUUCGCUACCUGCGAGAAGUUCCAUCAUUUCUAAAACUGCCUCUAGGUUCCCCUGGGCCGUCCACUGAUCACAGCCGAGUGUCCUCUCCACUCUUUGACAGUGGCUUACAUUUAAAUGGAAAUGGAAACGGAAACGGAAACACGGCUCCAUCACCUCCUUCGCCCUCAGCUAAUGAACCAAAGUAUGAGAAGCGCUGGCUGGAUGCCGUCUCCCUGCCCUUGUUGAUGGCCAGAGUCUCCAGAUACAAAGCCAGCACAGAUAAAUUAAGGUCCAACUGUUUUGAAGUCUUCGCCUUGGAUGGAGCCAGCACCAAUAUUCUUCAAUUUUGCACUGCAGCAGAAAGCACUGACUGGCUCCAAGCAAUAUCUACAAAUAUCAAUGACUUGACACAGGAGAAUAUAAAGAUCGUCAACAAAUACUGCUCCUCAGAUGAUCAGAUUGUUCACAUGGGCUGGGCGUGUGAAAGCCCCGAGGGUAGCACCGCUGGUAAAACUUCAGCAUUCAAGUUCCUGGCACUGAGAGGACCAUAUUUUCAUAUCUUCAGAAGUCCCCCGAUCAGUGCUGCUGACUGGGGACAAGCUGAAACAACAUAUAACCUCUAUGAGGUUCUUUUCAAGGUCCACAAGCUGUGGAUGGCAGAGGACUGCUGGCUCCAGGCGAGGCUCUACUUGGGACUUGAACAUUCGCCUGAGCAGCAGGACAAUGAGUCGCUGUGCUUCAGUAUUCUGGUCGGCCACGGCCAGAGCCACACCUUCAGGGUAGAGCUGGCCACGGACCUGGCUAUCUGGGAGAGGUCCUUCCAAAGAGCUGUCUUCUUGGAGGUGCAGCGAAUACGAUCCAAAAGCUACAUGUGCAGCUGCCAGGGAAAUGUGCUGUGCUUCACCAUAGAUUUUGGAUCAGGCUUCACCUGCUCAGAAGGCACUUCAAAGACCGCACUGUGGCGAUAUAAGUUCUCUCAACUUAAAGGCUCCUCUGAUGACGGGAAAACCAGGGUAAAACUCCUUUUCAAGAAUGCUGAAAGCAACCAAAUAGAGAUGAAGGAACUAGAGUUUGCUAAUCUUACAGCCGUCCUUCACUGUAUACAUUCUUUUAUCGCUGCCAAAGUGGCCUCCAUGGACCCUCUCUUUAUGUGCAGUCAAAGCUUCCCUGGGAGUUACAUGAACGGUUAAGAAGACUCAUCGUCCUCAUCGUCGUGUGCACCCUCUGGCAGUAUUUUAUGCACAGAUCCGAUUGAUAUGUAUAUAUUGUUCCUGCUAUUUUUGUAUGAACUAUUGAAAAAAUAAAUUUGUAAAGAACUGUAAAGGUAGAUAAUGUGUGAAUAAAUGCUGAAAGGAAGAUGUUAUUUAAUUUUUGAAGUAGAAAAAACUAUCUAAAUGGAUCCAUUUCUUUAAUGCCUUUUCUUUCAUUGCUUUAUGGACACUGAUUUCGCAGGUUACUUGUCUACCUGUCACUUUGAAAGGCAGCCCCCCAUACCUCCAUAUGGUGUGUACCUGCAGCUGCCAUACAUUUGACAACAGGACACGAAUGGCCAAACACAGCAACUGCCACUGUUUUUUAGCAGAAAAUCUCAGCUCAUACUGUUUCUGUGAAGAAUAAUGAUGCCAUACCUACAUGUGAGUAAGUGCAUUUUAACAGACAAAAUAAAUCUGAUGCUGGCUUACUGUCACGGGGGAAUUCACAUUGCCACGCACCUUUGAGAGGGAUUUGCUUUCCUUCAAAUUCACAGUUGAACAGUAAUGAAAAAGCUAACCUUCCUCUGUUCCCACUUCUUCUGUUAUACUUUAUUUUCUUUUGUCAUGUCUGUAAACACAAACACCUUACAAUAUAUUACUAAGCCUCCAAAUAGCCACUGAAUUGAAUCAAAACCUCUCUGAUAUGGUCCCAAUUAAAAUUAAGCAUAUAACAGCAGGGCUAAAUUAUUGGCAAAGAUUACAUUAUAUGAUGUUUGUGUUAUUGUGACUAUCUUUUGUAUCUAAUAAAUACAUGAGAUUCCAAACUCUUUGGCCAUUGAGUACAUUUCACUUUCAAAGUAUUGUUAAUCAUUCUAAUACAGUGAAAAUACUGUAUGUCUUCUGUUGUAAUGGUCUCGGUGUGAACAUGCAUAUUUGUUUUUUUUCAAUAUAUUACUCGUGAAACACAACCGUCUGUCAUCUUAUACAGGUCACUGAGCUGACACUUUAUUUAUUAAGUGCAGAUGAUUUUAUCGUCACUGUCUGUAUGUAACAUUAGCUUACCAUUUAUUUUAAAGCAAUAGUUUGAUGUGAAAUUAAAAACAAA